GGUUUUUAUCAGGCUGUUGGAGAAACUCAUAGGAGAAACUGGAGUCAACCACCAGCAGUGUGUGCGUGUGUGUGUGUGUAUAUGUGUGCCAUAGGAUCAGAUAUUACCUACAAAACUGUUCGUUUGUCAAGUUAAAAUGCAUCCAGUCAGAGUGUCGAUCCCGUCGUUUCGUUCAGAAAACAACUCGAUCGAGAAAGGAUACACGGUCUUUAGAAUUGACGUGCUGAUGAAUGGCAGACAACAUGCUGUUGAGAAACGCUACAGUGAAUUCCACGCUUUGCAUAAAAUGCUAAAGAAGAGCAUAAAGCCACCUGAGAUCCCUUCCAAACAUGUUAGAAACUGGGUCCCCAAAGUCCUGGAGCAGAGGAGGCAAGGUCUGGAGCUCUACUUGCAGACUAUAAUUAUGGAAAAUGGAGUUCUUCCAAAGAUAUUCCUGGAUUUCCUAAAUAUCCGCCAUUUUCCUUCAGUGCCAAAAACAGAAAGCUGUGGGUCCUUUGAUACAGAAUCAGAGGAAUCAAGUAAACUUUCACACCAGCCUGUCUUACUGUUUCUGAGAGACCCCUACCUGCUGCCAUCUGCUCACGAUGCAUUUUCAAAUGUUGUGAUUGAGGGUGUAGUACAUGGAGUUUUCUACCCAGAUCUUCAACCAAGGUAGAGCUGCAGAGCCGAAUCUGAGGGCAUGUCAAUACAAAUGGAUGUGUCAUGUUUUCACACCAUUUUAGGUGUGCAUCUGGAAGGAUGUGACAUGUUAAGAUACACUGAGCCUCAUUUAGAUUUUCCAAAUCAUAAAACAAAAAUCCAUUAUUUUCUUCUCUCGAUAAAUCACUGGCACUACACCGUAUGUUGUUCUAAAAAUAAGCAAUAUUGACCCAUAUUUCAAUGGAUUUGAAUCCUAAGAAAAUAAUUUAAGCACAACAACUUUUGUCAGCUAUCAAAUUGAAUUAUAUGUGAAACAGUUUUGCACGUUAAUGUAGAUGUUUUGAGGCAUUUUAAUCAAAAUAAUAAAGACUAAAACUAUUCUUUUAAGAUUAAAGCAAAUACAUAAUAUUUUCCUUCUUUCUUAAGAAAGUAAUGAGUGGAAUUAAUUUUUUAGCUUUUAGUAAGUAAAUACCAGAAGUUGAAACCCUGGGGAACCAGAAAGGAAAUGCUGAUGCCAGCUGGACUGAAGGUUAGGUUGCCAUAAACAGAGGAGGCCUGUAAGGACAAAGCACAGGGCUGGAGUGGAGAGCUGGAUCAUGGCCUGCUAACAGGGAGGUGCCCCUCCCUUUGUAGCACCAGUACUGUGGUUUCAGAAUUUUUUUCUGAGCUGACAAAUUGAGCCAUCUGAGGGAGAGCAGUGAGACAGCGUAUAGACAGAGUGUAUUUGUGCAUUCUGGUGGAGUUGACAGCUAUGUGCCACAUGUUAGGGUGGAAUUGGAUUUGAGUUGUGAUGUGGAUCUCUUUUACUGAGCAUCAGAUGUUCGUGAAGGAGUACUGUAGUGUUUACAGUGGUGCUACUGAGCUCUGUGGGGCUACCAGAAGAGCAGUUCAGUUUGGUGAGGUGAUGAGCAUUAGGUUUUGGGCACAAAGCCUAUUUGAAAUGAAACCACGACAGACAGAAAUAGGUGGCACAACAUGUGUGCGAGGAAUGAUGCAUUAAGCUUGAGGCGGGUGUCAUCGGAGUUGUAGGAAACAGAUGUCGACAGAGCAAUUAAAAGAGCACCACUGAUUUAACAUUUGCACUCCUACUGCAUUGUCGAACUUAUGAAAAAGCAGGGCAAAGCAAAGUGACAUCAGUUAAGGCAAAUUAUUAGAUUUAGCUUUUUUAAAGGCUUUAUACAACUUUUUCACAUAUGCUGUAGUAGUCCCAAGACCUGUAAACCUCAAAAACAUGUACUAGGUUCUCCAGUCAGUGCCCUUGAUCAAGGCACUGGCUCAGAUCUGGAGUUGGUCCCCGGGCGCUGUGAUUGGCUGCCCACUGCUCCCUUGAGGGAUGGGUUAAAUGCAGAGAAUGAAUUUCACUACAUGUAUGUGUAUGUAACAAUAAAGUACCUUUACCUUACCUUACCUUACCUUAAACAGACUUUGUAUGUCAAAUAGGUGGAGUUCCCCUUUGAGAGAGGAUGAGAGAGAGGGUACAUCUCCAUUUCUUAAUUAUCUCUCCUUGCUUCCUUCGCUUGCAUUUCAAAAGAUGUUCAGUGAAAGAUGCAAUGAUGAGAUAUGAGCUGAUAUCAGAAGAAUAAGCCUGUUUUAACCAAUCACAGGGUUUAAUUUGUGUGUUGAUGUCCCACAGGACAUGCAAAAUAUUGUUAACCAAAAUCUAUUAUAAUCAUUUACUGACUAGAGCUGACACAAGCCUGUUCCUGUUAUAUUGUCCCAAAAACUGGCUACAGGCUCUGCACACACACACACGUUUGGUAGCUGUCGUGGAAGUAGAUUUUCACACCAUUUUCAUAUGAAAAUGAGGAUCAUGUUUAAUUUGCGCACACAAGUUGGAAAGGCUUCUGAUAACACUUGCUAAAGGCCAGUGUCUAACACUAAUAACAGUCAUGUUAAGUGUAAUGUUGAAUUUACACAUAAUAUAGGUCAGUUUUUCAAUUGUGGUGAUUAGAGGUAUAGUCAGUCACCCAUCAUGUAAAGGGAAGUGUGAUAUUUUUUUAAUUUUUUUAAAAGACUUACAACCAGUAAAACACUGUGCAAUAUGAAAUAAAAUACAGAUAGUCUUUAUAUUGUAAAGUACAAACCAUCUCCUGUUGUUAACACUUGUCACUUUUUGGGCAGUAAUUGAUCUGACCAGUUUUCUUACGUGACUGGACCUCCUCUUAUGCACAGUGACAACUACAUAUAUUUAUAUGGAAUCAAAUGAAUCCUGAGCAAUUAACCUCAACUAAACAGAUUAUGAUUUUAUGUUUUAACAAAGUAAAUCAUUUCAUAGAGAUCCAUCUGGUAGAUUUAUAUGUAUUUAGAUUGUGCAACAUUGUACUGUUUGUGCUCUGUGAAAAGUGUCAUUUACGUGCCAUAAUGUCAACCUACAGUGAACACUGGAAUUCUACUGUAGCACUUUAAGAUGGGCGAUUUGUAAAAUACUGACACCAAUAAAAUUCAUUGUUUCCACAAA